UGCCCCCUGUUCCGGUUACAGAGGGAGGGAGGAGGGCGGCAGCAGUUCAAUGUAAACCCUCACGCUGAUGGAGAGCAGCGGCCAACAUCAGGAGCGGACCCAGUCACUCACUCAGCGCUGCAAUUUCCCAAAAUGUGCAUUUUCCUUCUCGGGCGCGGAUUAAAACUCCGGGAGACCUCGGCCUCUAAUGGGGAGCAGCUGCAUUAACUAGUGCUCUGACUUCCAUUAACUGUUUUUCUUUGCCGCCGGCCAGGUCACAGAGCUGCGCACGGCACUGUGGGCUUAUCCACCGACACCCGGCAGGAAGAGGGACAUUAAACUGACUAUUUAGAGUCCUAAAGUGGCACUUUUUCCCUGCUCUGAAAGAGAGACCGCGUCACGUGGACAGGUGACCUCAAAGCUGCACCUUAUCUUUCUCCUGAAAGCCUGGAGGAAGUUAAAAAGGAGAAGGAAAGGGUAAGAACUGCAAGAAUUUAAUAUCAGCUCAAAAUCCUGCUGUACUUUGUUGAGCCCAGCCACCAGCAGCAGCUCUAUUACUAUUAUUACUACUAUUACUACUACUAUUACUAUUACUAUUACUACUACUACUACUACUAUUACUAUUACGCCACAGUUUGUUAGAUAUUUAUUAGAUAUUUUAUAGAUGAAGGGACGAAGAGACACCUGACAAAGUGCUGUGGCAUGGCUGCAAGAGUGUUAAUUGGCCCGGACUGUGAUGCAGUUUGCAGCCGGGGGCUUCAUAAACAAGACAACAGCAGCUCCCGGGCAGAGGGUUAACUUGUCACAGACACUGCCUCAUCAAAUGACUCUGUCCUGACUCACAUAGGAGUCAGGGGCCGCAGGCCACAGCAUGGGUAACUCCUCCAGGAAGGGAGAGGGAGAAGAGGAAGAGGAGGGGGCGAAGGAUGGCGAGGAGGGAGAAAUGACAGAGAAGAAGAAAGAAGAAGAGGUGGAGGUGGAGGAAGAGCUUCCACUAGGGGUGGAGGAGUUGUUCGAGAGUGGAGAUCCCGUGCUGGACUUGAGCUACCGUAAAUUUAAGCGGUUGCCUUCGCGUGUGAGUGGACUGCUGCAUCUGGAGAAGCUGUACGUUUGUGGGAACAGCCUGCGCACUCUGCCCGACAGCAUCUCCCAGCUGCAGGGCCUGCGAAUCCUCGCCCUCGACUUCAACAAGAUGGAAGACGUUCCACCGGCUGUCUUCCAGCUCACUAACCUCACCCGCCUCUACCUGGGCAGCAACCGGCUCAUGACCCUCCCGCCCGAGGUGAAGAACCUGCAGAGUCUGCGCUGCCUGUGGGUGGAGAGCAACUACUUUCAAAGGUUUCCACGGGAGCUCUACGACCUGCCUCACCUCAAGUCCCUGCAGAUUGGGGACAACCGGCUGAAGACGCUGCCCCCUGACCUCUGGCGUAUGGAGGCUUUGAGGGGAUUAUGGCUCUACGGGAACCGCUUUGAAACCUUCCCCAGAGUCCUGCUACGCAUGGAGGGUUUGGAGAUUUUAGAUCUGGAUCGCAACAAAAUCUCAGAGUUUCCCAGCCUGAAACGUCUCCACGCCCUGCGCCUCUUCUCCUACGACCACAAUCCAGUGGAAGCCCCGCCUAAAGUGGGCGAGGAGGUGCUCGUGGUUGGGGAAGGCGCAGCGGAGUUCUUGGAGGCUCGUGAGGCCAGGAAGGAGAGACGACGAAAGGCCGCAGAGCAAGAGGCGGAGGAGCUGGCUCUGGCAGGAGAGGAGCCCGUUAUUCACGGUAUCCUAAAGAACAGCAACUCCAACUCAAAACAAGCGGCGGUGACUGUAGAAGAAGGAGACAUUAAAGAGGAAGAGGCAAAGGAGGAGGAGGAGGGUGUGGAGCUGCCCAUCACCGAGUACGACGGAGCUGAGCUUGAAUAUGACGAGGAGCUUGUUGAGUAUGAGACGGAGGAGCUGAUAUGUGAGGGAGAGGGGUUUGAGUAUGAGGGCGAUGAGCUGGAGUACGAGAGGGCUCAGAUGGACUAUGAGUACGAGGAGCUGGAGGACCCAGGGAGACAAGAUGAAGGGGCAUGAAUAACCCCUCAUACAUCCAGACUCAGAUGAUCUGCAGGCAGGUGGAGGUGGAUGACAGAGAAGAAGCUGACACAAAUUAGCUGUGCUUAGGGAUGUCAGCGGUGAAACUGUUAAUUGAUUUACUGCUGAGAAUAUUUUUGACCUGUUAGGCAUGUCAGUGUGUAGGUUAAUUUUGCUACUGUUCAGUUUACUGCACUGCACACCACCUGGGUCUGGUGGGAGCAGGCCUCCAGGAAAGCAGCUCAGCCUGGCUUUCACUUUUUCCCAGUGGCCACUCGCAGUAUUGCAGCAAAAAAUUCCCCUACAGCCUAAAAAUAUUUUCUCAACAGAACACCAUUAUAAAAGAGUAAAACUGCUGGCAGGACACCUCGAACUGUAAACAAGUCAAUUAUGACUUAUUUUUAUUAUGAAUUUUUUAACCAUGGAGGUUUUAUAUUUAUUAAACUUUCCUCAGGCCGAGAAAAGCAAUUUAAAUAUCUGUGAUCUGUCAUCACUAUGUAAAGUUUAUGAGCUGAGCAGAAGCUUGUGGGCAGAAGAGAAACAUAUUCAGUGGGCCACAUACGGCAAAGUAAACCCCUGGCAUAUAUACCAGGAGAGCCAUUCCAUUGGACUGAAUAGGCGCCAUCUUGGGGUCCAGUAUGCAGUUAUUAUUAUCAAUCUAUGGUUACAGCCAGCUAGCUGCGUUAACAUUUUAACCCACCCGCCGGUCUCCACUAGCUAGCCUUGGCUGCUCUGCACCCUGCACCAGCCAGGCAUCAGAAAGUAUGCCAGGCUUUGAAGCCAAUUUUCAUAGUGGCCAAACAGGGGUACCACAAUCUCCGGGGUCAGUCACAUGAUGGCCUACAGCCCAAAAAGACUUCUUCAUAUAGACUGGCAAGGCGAAAGAGACGUCUGUAAAUCAGUAGAUACUUUUUUUGGGGCGUCACAACCCCUGAGAAAUGAGUCGUUUCAUUAUCAGGAUAGUAACAUUUGGAAAGUCUAGAAGAGCUGCAAGAUUAAUUCAUUUUGUCCUCAUUGAAGUUAGCAGCGUGUUAAACCAUAAGUUCGCCAUUUGGCUGUCAGAAGUUAGCCACUCAGUUGCACUUGGCAGAGCUCAGCUGUCUUAAGUCGAUAGUGCACUUGCUCUACGGGCCGCACAGUGCAGAAGUUCUGCCAGAUCAACUGUGUAUUUCUUUGUGCAGCAGUUGAAUCAUUUUGGCUUCAUGCACCACUGAGCAACUCCUAAUUUAAUGCUGUAUCCAUCUCUCCUAAUGCACCCGUGGCACCAGUCAGGUUAGGUGGGAGCAAGCUAAGGGCGCCGCUCAUUCAGCAAUUACUGUUUGUAACAUCAUCCCGAACCAACAGUGUUUCUGUGGAAACAUUGUGCCCACCGUCAGGUUACCCCUCAGGUCGCCUCUUUAAGUGAGUUGCUCAGUUUAAGGAGCAGCUAAGGCCAGAGGGUGGCCAGUGGGCACUGUGUUUUCGCGACGUGGGCAGCCGGCUGUCUGUCAGCAAAGCCAACAAAAUAUAAAAUAAACAAGACAUAUACAUCACAAAACAUUAAAAUUUCACUACCUUUGAAUAGAUAGUGCUUUGAAAUGUGGCGCUAAUUAGCUCACUGAGCCAAUGCAGCGCCGGACCAAAAGGGAAGCCCUCUUGUGUUUGAUGUCUAUUGUGUUUUUUUACCCCUCCAAAAUUAACCGGUUAUUUACCUGUUAAUGGGUGUUGGGUCACUGAAAGCAAAAUUAACCGAAACUGACAUCCCUAGUUGUGCUGCUAAUUACUAAUCUAUAUUGUUAACUGUGAAAUUGAAUGAGCAUUGAGGCAUUAAGAAACUGUGAACUGACAGCACCUGUGACAUCUCAAUCAGCUGCAAAUGACCAAACCAGAGCAGGACUCAAGUGUGUGUGAGAGAGUGUGCAGAGUGUACGGCUGUUUUACAUUAGGGUUGUUUUCUGAGUGUCUUCCCUUAUUAAAUAUUAUUUCAGCUGAUGGAGUCAGUGUCUAUCACUUACUGGAAAAUGUGUCUUAAUUGGGAGCCAGUGAAUGCACCAGCUAGUGUUUACUUCACUGACACUCUGUAGUA